AAAGCCAUAGACACAUCUAAUAUUUAUCUCAAACCUGCUACGCCGGGGACUCGGAGCUGUCAUCUACUGGAGCUGAUUAUGCAUGCAGCAGCAGCGAAGCCUGAUUGGGCGUAGUAGGACCUAAGGCAAGGGGGAGAGGGAGUGGGGAGAGAGUUGGGCUUGCAGCACCGAAAUGUAAACAGUGGGAAGGCAGACAGAGCACAACGCCGGUGCGCGCCGAGCUGCACACUUCUCGCCCAUUGCCUGCCAGGCUGGAUGAGCAGGGGCAGGCACAGCGGGCAUCUCCUGCCUGUGGAUAUCCAUCGGGGCUAUUGGGAUGUGCUAGCUUUCUCCAGUGCUGCAGCUCCGCCGUGCUCCACACCGGAGCUCGGACGGGGCAAUGGACAUGAACAUGAAGAAGUUCACGGUGCGGCGGUUCUUUUCCGUGUAUCUCCGCAAGAAGUCUCGGUCGAAGAGCUCGAGCCUAAGUAGAUUCGAGGAAGAAGGUAUUGUGAAGGAAAUAGACAUCAGUCACCAUGUGAAGGAAGGUUUUGAAAAAGCAGAUCCUUCUCAAUUUGAGCUGCUGAAAGUAUUAGGACAAGGUUCAUAUGGAAAGGUAUUUCUAGUGAGAAAGAUCAAAGGAUCUGAUGCGGGUCAGCUUUAUGCCAUGAAGGUACUUAAGAAAGCAACUCUGAAAGUUCGGGAUCGGGUACGGUCAAAAAUGGAGAGAGAUAUUUUGGCAGAAGUGAAUCAUCCUUUCAUAGUCAAGCUUCAUUAUGCGUUUCAAACAGAGGGGAAGUUGUAUCUAAUACUAGAUUUCCUGCGGGGAGGGGACCUUUUCACAAGACUCUCCAAAGAGGUGAUGUUUACAGAAGAGGAUGUCAAGUUCUACUUAGCUGAGCUGGCCUUGGCUUUGGACCACCUCCAUGGGCUUGGAAUUAUUUACAGGGAUCUAAAACCAGAAAACAUUCUUCUUGAUGAAGAGGGCCACAUUAAGAUAACAGAUUUUGGUCUGAGUAAAGAAGCCAUCGACCAUGACAAGCGAGCAUAUUCAUUCUGUGGAACAAUAGAGUAUAUGGCCCCGGAGGUGGUCAACCGCAGAGGACACACUCAGAGCGCCGACUGGUGGUCUUUUGGUGUGCUCAUGUUUGAGAUGCUGACAGGAUCAUUACCAUUCCAGGGAAAAGACAGAAAGGAGACGAUGGCUCUUAUUCUCAAAGCCAAGCUGGGAAUGCCACAGUUCUUGAGCAUAGAAGCCCAGAGCCUGCUGCGAGCCCUCUUCAAAAGGAACCCAUCCAACAGAUUAGGUGCUGGAUUCGAUGGAGUAGAAGAAAUUAAACGUCACCCUUUCUUUAUUACUAUAGACUGGAAUAAACUGUACAGAAAAGAAAUCAAGCCACCUUUCAAGCCUGCAGUGGGACGGCCAGAAGACACUUUUCAUUUUGAUCCAGAGUUCACAUCUCGGACCCCCACAGAUUCCCCAGGCGUUCCUCCAAGUGCCAAUGCUCAUCAUCUUUUCAGAGGGUUCAGCUUUGUUGCCUCUAACUUGGUGCAGGAGCCUGCACAGCAAGAUGUGCACAAAGCCACUGUUCAUCCAAUUGUGCAGCAGUUACAUGGAAACAACAUUCACUUCACAGAUGGAUAUGAGAUCAAGGAGGACAUAGGAAUUGGCUCCUAUUCAGUGUGCAAGAGAUGUGUUCAUAAAGCAACAGAAACAGAGUUUGCAGUGAAGAUAAUUGACAAGAGCAAGAGAGACCCCUCUGAAGAAAUAGAGAUUCUCUUGCGAUAUGGACAGCAUCCAAACAUCAUUACUCUUAAAGAUGUCUAUGAUGAUGGGAAAUAUGUGUACCUGGUGAUGGAGCUGAUGCGGGGAGGAGAGCUCCUGGACCGCAUUCUUCAGCAGAAGUGUUUCUCAGAACGAGAGGCCAGCGCUGUGCUGUGCACCAUCACCAGGACUGUGGACUACCUGCACUCCCAGGGUGUGGUGCACCGAGAUUUGAAGCCAAGUAAUAUCCUCUAUAUGGAUGAGUCAGGAAACCCAGACUCCAUCAGGAUCUGUGACUUCGGCUUUGCCAAGCAACUGAGAGCAGAGAACGGGCUGCUCAUGACUCCCUGCUACACCGCCAACUUUGUCGCCCCUGAGGUCCUUAAGCGCCAAGGUUAUGACGCAGCCUGUGACAUCUGGAGCUUGGGGAUCCUGUUGUACACCAUGCUGGCAGGGUUCACUCCUUUUGCAAAUGGGCCGGAUGACACUCCAGAGGAGAUUCUGGCCAGGAUUGGCAGUGGCAAAUACGCACUUACAGGAGGAAACUGGGAUUCAGUAUCGGAUACUGCGAAGGAUAUUGUGUCUAAGAUGCUUCACGUAGACCCUCAUCAGCGUCUCACGGCAGUUCAAGUGUUGAGACAUCCAUGGAUAGUGAACAGGGAGUAUCUGUCUCAAAAUCAACUCAGCAGACAGGAUGUUCACCUGGUGAAGGGCGCCAUGGCAGCCACUUACUUUGCUUUAAACCGAACACCUCAGGCACCAAGGCUGGAGCCUGUAUUGUCCUCCAAUCUGGCUCAGCGGAGGGGCAUGAAAAGACUUACCUCAACCAGAUUGUAGCAGUACCCCCACAAGGCCUCUUUGGAAACCCACAGUUUAUUAUUUGAGAGAUUGGUCUUUACUUGGUUAGCAGAACUUUUUUGGACAACUUGCAGAUGAAAUCACCAGAACUAGCAGAAGUCUAGCAUAAGGCAAAGUCUGCCUUUUCUCCAUCAUUUCUUUUACAUUCCAGCCAGGAUCCCGAGUUUAACAACUUCACAAAGAUGUGCCAAUUUUGCCGGUAGCUCUGUUUCCUUACUGAGAUAAAGCCAAAUAAAGUAGAUAUGCUCCAUCCUUCCCUCCCUAGGAGAGUCCUUAAGAUGUUCUGCAGGAGCAUAGCUUUCAUUUUGUUUCUCAAGGAAAGCACUUUUUGUAAUGAAGAUGCAGUCGGGUUUGGAUGUUCUCAGUGGUUCCCACAAGUGUCACGAUGAAGUGCUCAGCUCAUCGCCUACUGAUCUCCACUUACCCCAGGAGGACUGAAGGCUGCAGAGACACGUGGAUUAUACCUUACUUGAAAUAAGUGCUAUACAGCAUGAAGGAGAGCAAGCUGUCUGUGGUGGAAACACCUUCUGAUUUCAAGAAAUCUUUUGCACUUUGCCCCUGCCCUCUCUGGAACAACGUCAUCAGCACUCAAGGAGGAACGCAUGCCGUGAGCUUGACUUUGGUGGAGGUCUGGUGCUCCGAGAGCAGGAAGUCUCUGAGAAACAUAGUCCUCCAAGGGGACUAUUGGGUCUCAUGGGACUGUGGGGAAGCAUUCAUAUAAAGUAGUGGAGUAGGAGCCUAUGGGUGAGACGCGACAAAGGUGUCUGGUCUCAGCUCACAAGGAAGCCAGCUGCCUCCAGCCACAGGCAAGGCCACUGCCACCACUGCUCCCUGUGGGGAGUGCCUGUUUCUGAAGGGUCCAGCCAACUCUGUUGCAAGCUUUAAUAAUAAUAAAUCAGGAGAAACAGGAGGAUGCUGUGCUUUUAUAUUUAUAUAAAUAUAUUUACAUGUAUAUUUAUAUAUAUAUAAAAAAAAAAAUCUGUACCCUAACACCUGGAUUUUUCAGGUUCAGGGAGAUAAAACUUGGUUGAGAAGGUCUCAGCAAAGCGGACCUUUUUUUCUCAUUCCCUGAGCUAUUUUUUGUAAUUGUUUUUCUUACCCAUCGUGGCAUAUGGUGGUCAUGAGCCACCCAGGAUUCUUCUUUGUAACGCAUUUGUUUUGUUUUCUGAGUGAAUUUUGUCACCUCAGAUGCUUUGUGGGAGCAGCUAAUGUGCUGUAUUGGAUUUUUGUCUAUUCUGAAGGGGGAGGAAAAAAAAAAAGAAAAACGUGAACAUGGAGCUUUGUGUGCUAGAGGUGGCAGUUGUCUGGCUGGGUAGUGGUACACUGUGGUGCCAUCUGAAAUUACCAUGUCAUGGCAUCAGUGUCCAGGGGGACGAGGAGUUGCAUUUGCUAUAGCAAUAUGCUUCCUAAAACUAUCUGAGUUCCAGUGUUAACUGAACUUUGUUUGUUUGCAUUAGUCUAUUUUUAAAUUUAAAUUUAUUCUUAAUUAUUUAAACCAAUAUUUAAUGUCCAAGUUUAUGUGCUGUGCACACAGGAAUGCUGCAAAGCAGCUCUUCUUGAAGGCCUUCUCUUUUCUAGAAUAAACAAUGCUGUGAAACUUCACACAGAUGACAAAUUGGCUUGAAUUGCUGUGUGGGAACAUGCACAGGUGUGGCUAUGUUUAUUUACAAAGCAGCAGAGAAUAAUAUGCUUAAUUCUCUACUCUGGCUAAGCUGUGCUCAAUGUCAGCUUUUUGCUGCUUUUCUUUUCAUUAGAAGUUAAUUAAGUCUCACACAUUUCUGCUGUCAGAGUGCUGAGAGAUGUCCUGGCUGCUGCAGAGAUGCUCUGGCCAAGUCCCUGGAUGUGACUUCUGUCCACAGGAAGGCAAGGUGGCAUGGGGAUGCUGAGGGCAUCUGGAGGGAGAGCUGGAUUUUCUUGUGUCCCAAUUGAUUUAAAUUGUUUCAAUGAAUUGUCUUUUUAAUGUAUCAUCGUAUAUGGGCAGAAAGAGUGCUGUAAAUACUAGGUACAGUUUUUGUCUCCACUAGAAAUUUCCUGGUUAUCUUUCAUUGGUUCAGUUUGGUUUCUCUUCACAGUCCUUGGAAACAGUCUGAUCCCUUCUUGACGUACUUGAUCUUAAUUUUUUGAGCUUUUUUUUUCCAUCUGAAUAUUACUGUAGGCCAAGCUUACAGGAUGCUGCUCUUCCAGGAGUUUAAUAGUUUGAAUCUCUUCCUGGUUGAGCUCUUUCUAGCCCACCAGCCAUCACCCUAUUAACCAUACAAGGUUGGGGCCAUGUACAGAAUGCUACAUGUUGAUGCUCAAUGAUUAUUUUCAUUUAUUAGCCCAUAAAUUACAAAUAAGGGUAUUUGAUUAUCAAGAUUUUGUUGCCAGUGUGUCCAGAUGUAUGUUUGUGUGUGUAUAUGUAAAUACUUCCACAGAAACAUGCAGUCCCAGCUUCUCCAAGUGAGGAUGUCAGCACAGUCAGUGUUUGACGCGAUGCUGAGGAGCUGCGUCUGUGACAUUCUUAGCAAUCUGACACUGAAAUCAGGAGUGGUUGCCCUAGGGGUGGACAGGCACGUGCCUGGUGAGCAGCUGUGCCCAGGGGAAAAGUUGUGUGGGGUCUGCUCCUCCACCCCAGCUGUGCAGCCCCCUACACCCCUCCACAGAUUGCAUACACACAGGCUUGCCACCAGCGAUGCUCUCCUGAGGGUGUUCUGGCCUGUUUCAGUCAGUGAACCCAGUUCAUCCACUUACACAGUCAGUCUGGCUGAUGCAGUCACUUGUACUGAAACACAGCAUAUGUUUAGCUCCUAAAAGCCUAACAAUCUCUUUGAAUUAGCAAAAGAACAUCUUGCAGGUUAUUAGUCCGCACCAUGACCUCGUGCCUUAGGCUGUUACGAAUAACAUAGUUCAAUUUCUGAACCAUCCAAGUGAGCAAAGCAAUGGCAGUCCAAGGCAUGCUCAAGCGCCUCCAUUACACACAAUCCGAGCUGUCCUUCAGCAAGGCAGAGCAGGCUGCCCAGAGGCAGAGGGCAUCUCCUGAGUGCCACAAGGGCUUGUUAUGCUGCUGCUCCACAGCUUCAGCCAGCAUGUGCCAGUGCUGAUGCUAAAACAGGGAGCCAUUCACUUUCUCUUUACCUUAGCUGCUAGUCCCUGAUCCAGGUCACUGCAAGGCAAAGCAAGUGCUUGGCAUCCGGGCAGGAGGUUUGGGAUGGCAAAGAGGCACCAGCUCUGCUGUGAUGUGCACUGGCAUGGGACAGUUGGGCCCUUCACUGAACUGGGUGCAAGCAGUGGGCUUUGUAGACAAGCAUCUUACCCACACCAGGUUAUGCAUGCAGAGGUGGGAGAUAAAUCCUGGCUUUGAGAAGUGUGCCACAAGAUCAUGUAAAAUGCCAGAAACCAGAAGGUGCGUGCUUUCAGAUGAUGUGCCAUGGGGAAAUGGUGCUGACUGGGUGUAUUUUUACCACUGUAGAGAUUAUAAAGAAGAAAUCCUGAGGUUUCUGGUGAAAUCAUCAGUUUUCACAGAGGAAAUCUCUGAUUUUGUAGGGUGAUCCCUGGCAGGAGGAAGGCAGAUGAACAUGGAAGGCAAUGCAGAUUAUUGUAGCAGAAAAGGAGGUAUCUAAGCUUCCACACAAAAAUGAUUUUCAUUCAGGACUGCUGAAGCUGUAUCUAAGGAAGUUUGAACCAAAAUAUGCCAAAGCAAACAAUAAGAAGCAAAAUCCCCUUGGAGAACAUCUGUGGACUGCUCCUUUAAGCAAGAGCCAAGGGAGAUCCAGGUGUCUGCAUCCUAAAAGACACACAGCUGGGCCAGCUUAAAUAUCCUUUAGGUUAAAAUAAAAAGGCUUAAAGUAAUGCUAAUAAGAUGUUUUUGUACAGUUUGUAACAAAGCAAAAUGUGCAAGCCCAUUUCCAUCUGUCCAUUUGAAGCAUGCAUCCAAAACUCAUAGAACUGUGUGCUCCCUGCCAUGGCCCCACCACAGCUGCCGACGGCAGGCACAAGGAAGGUUCUGAAAGUAAAAACUUGAGUAAUGUUACUCAGAAAGUGAAGAUAAUAAAUGUGUACAUAACUGAAAUUCUCAGCAUUUAGGUGAGCAGUGGCUAGAAGCCUGUGCAGAGCAAGAAUGUUACAGAACAAGUAAAGUCCCAUUAGUUCCCAGAGCCAAAUCUUAGCCACAAGCUAUCUGUGAGAUUGGGAAGGCUAGACCUUGCAUUCCUACAUGUACGUGAGUGACAAUGUGUGCAGGACAGACAGCUAACUGAGCAUCUGGCCGUGCACGCAAAUGCUGGCUGGCUCAGGUAAAUGUUCUGCAGCCUGAAGGUCAGAAUGUAAGAGCGGGGCAUUCUGCAUCACCCUGUGCUGUGUUAACCUGGGCAGUACCAGGGGAAUCUGGCAAAACACGGACCAUGAUUUAGCACUUUGUUUACAGGCUCCACGUUCAUGUUUACAAUGAUUUCUGAGGCUCGUGCUUUUUACGUUUCCUGUACGAGAAAGGCAGCUGGUGUACAGAUAUUUAUUAUGUUUACCAGCAUUUCCGAGCAGAUUUUUUUUAUAGUACAUGGUUUUAUGAAGUGUAAUAUUUUUAUAGCAGAUUGACGAUCUUCGGACUUUCUAUAUUGUUACACACGACUGUUUGCAAACAAGCUCUUUGCUCCCCUUUUUCUGUGCACUGUGUCCGGUGUUGCUGCUGCUAUGCUGCUGGCCUCAGCUGCUGCUCCCACGUGUUGUGAAGCCACACGAACAGACUGCAAAAAGCUGGGAGCAGGUGGGAGGGUGGGUGGUGUGCUGGGUCUGGCUGGAGGGCUGGGGGCUGAGCUGAAGCAGGGCGAGGGCUGGCUGCGGGGAGAAGCCUCAGUGCUCACCUGUCUGUACUCUGUCGUUUCGGCUUGGCAUGCCUAUCCUUUCGUUCCUUU